CGGUGUGCCUAAAGUCCGCCCUCUGUGAAAUGGGUUUGCUGGUGGACUGUUGAUUAUGUUGACUCACACGUGUUAAGGGCUUUUCUGUGUUUUAAAAGAGACUCAAUUCGAAUCAGCAUUUAUCCCCUCCGUGUUUAAAGUUCGCUCAGUUUCUGAGCAAACUCGCCGGGACUCUUGUUUCAUCUGUGUUUGUUCAUUUAGAAACUCCAGCAGCGUUAGCAGCCCGUCAGCUAACAGCAGCAGGGUAACACCGGUCUGCUCUCAUCUAAGGGCCACUGCACACUGAAAUGUGACAAGUACCUAGUUUGCACAGACGUUUCACCUGUCUUUGAAAUCAGCAAACCGGAUUUCUUUAGUAUUACGCGCUUUUCUUUCACGAAACGCAUACACCAUGGGGGCUUACUUGUCUCAACCCAACACGGAGAAGACCGCAAGCAACGGCGGGAAUGAGAGCAUGCUCUUCGGCUUCGCGGCCAUGCAGGGCUGGCGAGUGUCUAUGGAGGACGCGCACAACUGCAUCCCAGAGUUGGAUGAUGAAACUGCGAUGUUUGCGGUCUAUGAUGGACAUGGAGGUGAAGAGGUUGCUCUGUAUUGCUCCAAGUACUUACCUGACGUCAUUAAAGAGCAGAAGGCGUAUAAGGAUGGCAAACUGCAGAAGGCUCUGGAAGAUGCGUUCCUGGCUAUAGAUGCCCGAAUCACCACAGAGGAAGUCAUCAAGGAGCUCGUUCAGAUAGCUGGACGUCCUCAGGAAGAAACAGAAAAAGUAGCAGAUGAAGAUGAUGUUGAUAAUGAAGAAGCAGCUCUGCUGCAUGAAGAGGCCACCAUGACAAUUGAGGAGCUGCUUAGCCGCUUCGGACAGAACCAAAACAAAAAUGCCAAAAAGCCGUGUCCAGGUGCCUCUAAAGAGUCUGAGGAGGGAGAGAAAUCUCGUGCUGAGAAGGGAAUCAAUGGUGAGACGGAAAGCGGGGCUUCUGAAGCCGACAGCAAUGGGAAGGAGAAGGCAGCUGGUGCUGGAGAUGCGGCCGGAGGCUCCAAGAUGAGGGCCUGCAGACGGGCGGCUGCGUCCGAAGGUGGCUCUGCUUCUGAUGGAUCCGCUGAGAAGUCUGGGUCGACUGGGGAUGCCGGUCCUUCCUGCUCCUCGUCUGCAGCUCCUGCUCCAGGAAGUGCCAAGUCCAAGUUCUUUGACGACUGUGAAGAGUCGGAGGAGGGAGAAGAUGAAGAGGAUGGUAGUGAGGAAGAGGACUGCAGUGAGGAGGACGGUGAACACAGCAGUGAGAACGAUGAAGAGGAUGACACAGAAGAGGGAGAGGAAGAGGAUAGUGAUGAAGAGGAGGAUAUGUGCUUGCCGGGGAUGGACGGAAAAGAGGAGCCAGGUUCAGACAGUGGCACCACAGCUGUAGUUGCUCUUAUUCGUGGGAAGCAGCUCAUCGUGGCCAACGCUGGAGACUCCAGAUGUGUGGUGUCUGAAAAGGGAAAGGCGGUGGACAUGUCCUAUGACCACAAGCCAGAGGACGAGCUGGAGCUGACCAGAAUAAAGAAUGCUGGUGGGAAGGUGACGAUGGACGGCCGUGUCAAUGGAGGCCUGAACCUCUCCAGAGCGAUUGGUGAUCACUUUUAUAAAAGGAACAAGGCUCUUCCCCCAGAGGAACAGAUGAUCUCUGCUCUACCUGAUGUCAAAGUGCUGACUCUCAACGAAGACCAUGAGUUUAUGGUUAUUGCCUGUGAUGGCAUCUGGAACGUGAUGAGCAGUCAAGAAGUGGUGGACUUUGUAAAUGAGAGAUUGAAAAUUGAGGCUGGUAAAAACAGACCCCUGUCUGCCAUAAUUGAAGAGCUGCUGGACCACUGCUUGGCACCAGACACUUCAGGAGAUGGUACAGGAUGUGACAACAUGACCUGUAUAAUUAUCACCUUCUCCCCACACCUUGGGAGCAACAUAGAGGAGAGCACCAAGAAGCGAAAGCCAGAGGAGGAAAACGGCAACGACAGCAAAAAAUCCAAAACUGAAUAGAAGAGCUGUUCCUGAAGGUGCUGAUUAUUUUCAGGACACUUUCCCCUUUUGAAUUCAGACCACUGGGAAAAUUUUAAGGAUAGCUCCAUAAGAAAGAGCGUUUUAGUUUGAAACGAUUCAAAGACGCACGCAACUAGAACUGUUAACCCAGACCAUUUGUUCUGUUUUUUGUUCUGAUUUGUUUAAUAUUCCCGUCGACGACGUCUGUAAUUGAUAACUGAAUGAACGAAGCGCAUAUGGUAGCAGAGGUGAUGACACGCGAGUCUGUGUCCUCCUGAUGUAUCCGUCUCGUCCAUCGUACCCUCGUUUAUGUGCAUAGUGUUUUUCCAGUAACCAUCAGCUUGAUUUGAAUGCUGUUUUUCUUUUCUUAUUUUCAGUAGUGGAUCAUUGUGUCAGUAUUUGUGACCUUUUUUUUUCUGAACACCAGUAUGUAAUUGAUCAAAUAUAUUUUUUUUUUUUAAAUAAUGUGAUGAAAGAUGCUCGUCUAUUUUUUUCCUGAUGAAGCCAUCGCCCACAAUAAUCCUGUCGAAAUGCUCUCGGAUGCUGAAUUACACUGACAUUCCUUUCUCCCUUGUUUCUUGUUAGUGAUUCAGAAAAAUUUUAUCAUUGAUCCUAAUGUCUGUAAUAAAUCGUCUUCUUUCUUUUUGAUCAGAAGGCUGACAUUGGGAUCAAUGCCUUAUUUGGUAAUAAUUCAGUAAACUGCAGUUAUAGAGUAGAGAGUCCGCACUGCAAAAUAGUUUUCUCAUUGUCCUCGGUCUUGAAGCGCCCAUCUGAUUCAUUAAGGUUUAUAUACGACGUAUUUUGGAAUAUAUAUUUUGGUACUUUUUCAGAACAUCUUGGUGGGUUGUACGGGGAAGUCAUUGCUCAGAACGACAACGUUUUCUGUACCAAUAAACAAGUGGAGACAAGUACCGCAAUGCUGUUUUUCUUGUGGGGAAUUGGGUUUGAUCAAGCAGCAAGGAAAUGUGUCUGUCCUACUGGUGUAGAUUUAUGAACAGCAAAGAUUGAUCCAAGUUUUAGCUGUGAGCCGAGGUCUGUUCAUAGUGGGAGGUGAAGUUGACAUUGUGUAAUAGCUCCUUGUAUUAAGAUACUCUGAAUGUUUCUACUUUUAAAACUCUCAAAAAUAAACAAUGGCCAGUCACAGCACUUGGCACAAAACACGUAUGCCUCUUUAUAUAAAUUAUAUUGAUAUUU